UUCAGGCCAAGUACGGUGAAAUUCAGAGCAAAUAGUAAAUCCAUUGCUUGUUUUCAUUAUUUUCACGUAAAAGCAACGCACCAGAUUUUUAUCAUCUCGACAUUUCCCAUAUGGAAUGGACUUAUCAUCGAGUAAUUUGGAAACUCUCGCCUUAAUUGGAAAAUGCAAGGAUAACACCGAGGGGAAGAACGAUGCAAAGAAACACAAGUAUCCGGUAGCAGUUUUCUUCAUCGUCGUCAACGAGUUUUGCGAGAGGUUCAGCUACUAUGGCAUGAAAACCGUUCUCACGCUCUAUUUGCGAGAUGUCCUCUUGUUCGAUGAAAACGAUUCGACAAUAUGGUACCACCUCUUUUCCAUGCUGUGCUACUUCACCCCUGUUUUUGGGGCUAUCCUUGCUGAUACGUAUCUUGGCAAAUUCAAGACCAUUCUGUAUCUUUCGUGCCUUUACGCUUGUGGUAACGUUUUGCUGAGUGUGGCGUCUAUACCAAACACGUUGCCGCAAAAAGAGUUUUCACUUUUGGGACUGUUCAUCAUUGCCUUGGGCACAGGUGGAAUUAAGCCUUGUGUGUCAGCAUUUGGUGGCGACCAAUUUAUUCGACCGCAACAGGAUAAGCAACUGGAACAGUUCUUUUCCGUCUUCUAUGUCGCUAUCAAUGCUGGAUCGCUCAUUUCCACAUUCGUCACGCCCAUCCUUCGAGAAGAUGUUCAGUGCUUUGGGUCCAAUUCCUGCUUUCCACUAGCCUUCGGCGUUCCAGCUCUCCUGAUGAUCAUCGCUGUUGUUGUCUUUUUCGGUGGCAGAGGGUGUUAUAAAAUGAGAGAAACCGCCGGUAACGUUAUGGUUGAGGUCGUCAAGUGCAUGGCGCACGCCGUCGUACGGAAGAUUGAACACAGAGAAGAAAAACACGAACAUUGGCUGGAUUUUGCGGGGGACAAAUUCGAUAGGCAACUCAUCCAAGACAUUAAACAGGUUCUGAGGGUCUUGCUCCUUUAUGUGCCUAUUCCGGUUUUCUGGGCUUUAUUUGAUCAACAGGGCUCCAGGUGGACGUUCCAAGCAACUCGAAUGGAUGGGACUCUUGGAGUAACUACUAUUAAACCAGAUCAGUUGCAAAUUGUCAAUCCUUUACUGAUUCUGGCGUUGGUACCCGUUUUUGAGAGUGUGAUUUACCCGUGUUUCAAAAAAUGUGGAUUACUUACCCCACUUCAACGAAUCGGGACAGGCGGUUUGCUUGCUGGAUUCGCUUUUGUCGUUUCGGGCAUUGUCGAACUAUACCUGGAGCCUACCUAUCCUAGCAUUCCUGACGCUGGAAUGACGCAGUUGAAUUUCAUCAACACUCUUCCAUGCCCACUGAACAUCAGUUACAUCAAUAACAACCAAGUGAAAUGGAUUGAAAUUAACGCAACGAGCUAUUCGUUCGAACGUAACCUGAAUAAUCAAUCGAUCGAUAUCACAGCACAGCUAAUCAGCAGUCCUGCAUGUCAACAAAUGAACUUUACUAUUCCAACGUGGACUGGUACGAUCAAAGGUGCCAGCACAAAGGCAUUUUCUGUUAUCGUUACUGGACAUAAUAGUAAACUGGAUCUGAUGCGAAUGGAAAACGAGGAGCCACUGGAUAAAUCCAGUACGGGCCAACCGCGUGUCGGGUUUGUUUUCCGGCAAGAUGAUCAAGUUCCUAAUCAAGGCAAUAUAACCCUUAAAGCGGGAGAGCGAAUUGUUAGUUUCACUAGGAAACUAAUUGCCUCUUCAUCACUAUUCAUCCAGACCGAUGUACGAGAAAUCGAUGCUGGAACGUACGACGUGUUUAUGGCUCUUCGAAAUGGAGAUGUUAUAAUGGAAAAUUUGAUUGGAAAUAUCACUGUUGUUCAAGGUGGUUCGUACACAAUUGUCGCACAGCAAUCUCACUUUAAUCCUCAACUCAUGAAUCUCAACAAUAAUUUACUUUUGCCGAUUGAAGUGACACCACCGAGUUCUGUCCACAUGUUGUGGCUGGUACCACAAUAUUUCGUCAUGACAGUAGCUGAAGUCAUGUUCUCAGUCACGGGAUUACAAUUUUCUUUUACUCAAGCCCCAGCUAGUAUGCAAUCGGUUAUGCAAGCUACCUGGCUUUUGACAAUCGCGUUUGGUAACCUGAUUGUUAUCAUCGUCGCUGAAGCCAAGGGCAUACCUAGACAGUCCAUGGAGUUCUUUUUGUUUGCUGGAUUGAUGGCGCUGGACAUGCUCCUCUUUUUCUACUUGGCCGCCAAUUACACGUACGUGAAAGUCGAAGAAAAGACCUUAGUCAAUGAGAAGGUCGGAGAUGAAGGAAAAGAAACGAAAGUACCUGAUCAUUCUUUGUCACCCAUUAAACUUGGCACAGAAAACUCCAAAACGCCAACCGGUACGGAAAACAAAGGAUUUUCCGACGACACUCCUAUGUAAAUCUUUCAACAUAACUUUAAAUUCGAUAUAUCUCUAAAGUUGUGCCCUUGAGCGUAGCGAAGUAUCACUACGCCAAUUUUUAAAAUACGUAUGUUAUUCAAAGUAAUGGCGUAGAUUCUGUAGUUUCCUCAAACUUUUUAUUACACGACCGAAUCUCCA